GCCCUUGUGAUGAUGAUGGGUGUGUUCAGCAGGAUGCUGAGUCUCUAUAACCUUGCACUCAGAGGUCUCCAGAUGCAGUCAGAUUGCUCCUGAGAUCUUUCACUGAAGAAUAAAGCAGCAGCAGGCAGGCCAAAGUUCACAGUACACAGGAUUUUAUAUGGAUACUUCAUCCACACACGUUGUGGAGGAAACCAGUUAUAUGAGAAGCGGAGAGGAAGACGAGGAGGAAGAUGAAGGGGGAGAUGAGGAAGAUGGGGAGGCUGAUGGGGAUGAAGAAGAUAAAAAGGAGGAAAAAGUUGAAUUAGCCGUCCAGAAGCAACAAAGCUCACCCUGGGCUCCGUGGUUCUUCUGUAGAGCGACUAAAGAGGUGCACUAUUAUGUCGGGCAGGAGAUCGUGAUCACGGAAGGUCUUGACUCCUAUGCAGGCAUGAUAUGGCCGGGGGCUCUGGCUCUCUGUCACUACCUGGACACUCAUCGUGAACAGUUGAGUCUUGUGGACAAGGCAGUCCUGGAGAUUGGGGCAGGAACUGGCCUCGUAUCUAUUGUAGCAGCGUUCCUUGGUGGCUGGGUGACAGCCACAGAUCUUCCAGUGGUCCUGAACAACCUGAGGGUCAACCUGUCCAGGAACACCAGGGGCCUCUGCAGACACACACCCCAGGUGGCAGCUCUCACCUGGGGCUACGACCUGGAGAGCACCUACCCUACAUCUGUAUACCGCUACGAUUACGUGCUGGCAGCCGAUGUGGUCUACUGUCACGACUUCCUGGAAGAGCUCCUGUUCACCAUGAAGCAUUUCUGCAAACCAGGAACGACUUUGAUCUGGGCCAACAAGGUCCGGUUUGAGUCUGAUCUGACAUUCAUGGAGAACUUUAAAAAGGCUUUUCACACAAACCUGCUGGUUGAAGAUGGAGAGAUGAAGAUCUUCAUGGCAACAUGUAGAGAAGAAGAAGGAGAAGGUGAUGUGGGGCUGGAAGAUCUGCUGAGAGAGGAGGAGGAAGGAAAGACGGAGGAGGCCGAGGCUGAGGAUGAGGAUGGGGAUGUAGAUGAGGAUGAUGAUGACGAUGACGGUGAGAAGAGCAAAGAAGCGCUUGUGGAGGAACAAUUUGUCGAUGAAGGAAAGAUUAAAGGAAACAAAAAUGAUAACGAUGUAACAGGGGAACCUCACAUGUCAGAGCCUGAAAGAGGGGAUGAUAAGGAAGAAACAAACAAGCAUGAGUCUGAUGAAGAGAUGGAGGAGGUAAUGGUCCUCAAAGAUGAUGACUGUAAAGAGGAUGAGAAGGAUAAACCAGAUGAUUCAAGUAGUAGCACCACACCCAGUAAAGCAGAGGUUACAGGACAGGCAUACAUCAAUCAACCAGCUAUGCCGCAGGGCAGAACACCAGGCUGCAUUAGCAUGAGCAUUGGUAAAGAUAUAUACCACUUCGUAGGGCAGGAUAUUGUCAUUCAUGAGUCCAUAGACUCCUAUGGAGCAGUGAUGUGGCCAGGAGCGGUGGCUCUGUGCUCCUUUCUGGACAACAACAGGGAGAUGGUGAACCUGCAGGAAAAGGAGGUGCUGGAGCUGGGAGCAGGAACAGGACUGGUAACCAUUGUGGCCAGUCUGCUGGGAGCUUCAGUCACAGCUACAGACUUACCCGAGGUGUUGGGUAACCUCCGGGCCAAUGUGACGAGGAACACCAGGGGGAGAUGCAGGCACACGCCCCAGGUGGGAGCUCUCACCUGGGGCUACGACCUGGAGAACACCUACCCUGCAUCUGUGCAUCACUACGAUUACGUGCUGGCAGCCGAUGUGGUCUACCAUCACGACUUCCUGGAAGAGCUCCUGUUCACCAUGAAGCAUUUCUGCAAACCAGGAACAACUGUGAUCUGGGCCAACAAGGUCCGGUUUGAGUCUGAUCUGACAUUCACGGAGAACUUUAAAAAGGCUUUUCACACAAACCUGCUGCUUGAAGAUGAAGCGAUGAAGAUCUUCAUGGCAACAAGUAGAGAGUGAGCGGCAGAAAAGAUAUGAAUGGGUUACUCAACGGCCCUACUGGGUACAGGCCCCGGGCCCCCCUAAGUCAGAGCCUCUGCUUAAAGUGACUGUUGGGAAUUAAUGUUACUCUUUGGGAAGUCAAGAUUAUUCAUCCCUACCAUCACUUGUUUUUGCUCCUAAUCCCAAUCCAAGUCAUUUAAGUUAUUUAGAGUAUGUGCCAGUAGGAUAUCUUUUUGUUUUUUGUUCAAAUUUAAUACAGCAGUGCAGUACAUUUUUCAGCUACAGUAAAAUUAGUAAAAUUAGUUAAGCAAUUUAAAUGUUUGACAGUAGAAUAGCUCAGCUUUAAGAAAAGUCUACCUGAAUCAAAUGUUUUCUUUGAUGAGGCAGUUUUAAAAAUGUUUUUACUUUACUUAUAUCUAAUAUCAGUAGAAAAGAAUGUUAGUUUGAACCUGCAGUGGUAUGAAGUUGGGGUGCAGGUUUACACAGCCUCUCUUCAUAUCCAGCAAGAACAAAAUACUUUCAUUUCAGGUACAAUAUUUAAGUUUUCUACAUAACAAAAUGUUAUGAUUAACCUGGAAAAUAUAAUUUUGAUGCCAAACAGUCACAUUUCUGUCCAUUGGUGGUCUAGUGGGUUCAGUUGCUGCUACGUAGAAAGGAGGGCCUUUUAACAGUGAGCACCUAGGGGCCGAUUUGUCCAUGAGAAGAGGGUGUGGUUCACAACAGUUCAUGUACGUAAAGAUUUCAAACAUAAUAUGCCAAUAUGUAUCAUACUUUCACUUACACCCUACACAGGCAUUUUGUUGUAUUUUAAAAUCCUGUAUUUAAGUCUUGCUCCAAAAGUUGCCCUCAAUAGUUAGCCUGAAAAGGUCAAACCUGUGCUACACAAAGGUUCAAGAUUAGUUCAUUAGAAUCACAUCAAUUAUCUCAGUCUGGACGUGAAACAAUUAGUCGAUUCAUUGACUGACAGUGCAAUUUUAGUAAUUUUUCAAGAAUGCCAAAACAUUUGGUGGUUCCAGCUUCCAGCAAAGGUGAGGUUUUAAUGCUUUUCUUUGUCAUAUAUGAUAGCAACCCAAAUAUCUUUAGAGUUUGGAAUGUUUUGGGACAAAACAAGCAAUUUCAAUAUGUUAUGCUGGGCUGUGGGACACUUCACUUUGACAUUUUAAAGGAAAAACUUAAUUAAAAUUUAAUGAAUUGGGAAAAUCUGGAGAUGGACUGAAAGAAAAUAAUAGUUAGUUGAGGCCCUUUUUCGGUGUGUCUGGAUCAGUUAUUUUGGCAUGUGAACUGUACGUUUCUUUUUACAUUUCUAUGAAUACAUAAAAAAAAACAAAAAACACCUUUAUCUCAUUA